AUGGCAGGAGUAACGCGCAAUGAAGGGGGAAACAGACUUAAAAAGAGUGGAGAAAAGUACUAUUAUGACGGUGCCCAAGGAAGGAUAUUCGUUGAGAACACGCUUUUUAAACCCUAUCCUUAUAGGAAGAUCACUCACUCCAGAGAAUGCGGAAAAAUAACCGAGAUUAAGAAAGAUGGAAGGAUUCUAGAGGGUUUUGGAAAUUUAAAUGUGGAUAGUGUCUCGUCCUACUACUGGACGGGUGAUUAUCUUUGCCAGACUCCAUUAAUUAUCCAACUUAACGAUGGCUAUGACUUUUACGUUUUUGAGGAUGGUGAUAAAUGGAAAAAAGAUGAUAGCAUACUUUAUGCCAAUUUAAGAGAGCACUUGGACAGGCAAAACUGUAAGAGGAAUAAAGCUCAUCAUGUUAAUAUGAAAAGGAAGAAAAUUCCAAGAAAUUACAAGUGCUUAACUAAAGGUUGUGGUGUAGAGAUUGAGGAAAUAUUCACACCCUAUCAGGAUUACGCUCAAUCUUUACAUAAGAUUUCCGAUGGCUCGCUGACUAGAUUUAAUGAGAGUAUUAUCGAACAAUAUGGACUUCCAUCCCUUGAGAAAGUCAAGGAGGUUUAUGUCUUCUUUUAUCCUAGAGCCAGUGGAACUCCUUUUUUGAUGUACUUUAAGUCGAUUGGCAAAUGGUAUAGAAGAGAUGAUAACGAUUUGACAAAGUGGUAUGAAAUGAUGGAUGAUUAUAAACCUAAAGGUGAUGGAAAGGAUAAGGAAAUAUUUGAAAAGUUUUUCCAAGAAAAUGUUCCAAGAAUUACAAUUGACGCAGAUUAUUAUACUACGGACGGAGGUUCAUACAGGGUAGAUAAUAAGUAUGACAUAACUGUAACAAAAAAGACAAUUGGAAAAGACUUUUACCAGUUUACUCAUUCUAGAGGGGACAAGAGACCAUUUCUAAUAAAGAUGUUCUUAAGAAUGGGAAGGAGCAAGGUGUGA